AUGGAUAAAGCAAUUGAGAUUCAUUGUGGAGACGAGAAGACAGAAAACGAUAAGGCACCGUUUUCAUGCAUUCUCUGUGGACAAAGAUUUAGAGGAAGAGUUGCGCAGAGGCAAACUGCUGAGUUACUUCAUACGGCUGAAGAGGAUUGUGGAGAAGCAAUUGUGGAGAAACUCCAAAGUCCAUGCAAAUGUCGAAAGAGAAAAUGUAAACAUAAAACUGAUUCAGGUGAUUUGGAAGAUAUUCCUGCCCUUCGUUCUUUUCGUGCUAGACUAUCAAGGAGGGGCUGCAAUACAACCUCCAACCUACGAGGGAAAAUAAAUGGUGAAUUAUUCCAGCGCUGCUUUCUGAAAAUAUGGGAGGAUUCUCCUGAAGAGAAAAGGAACUUGUGUACAUAUAUGGAAUGCAUAUGGUUUUCCAUGUACACAACUGAGCAUGGUAGAAAAACAGUGCUGACAUGGAUUAAGAAAAUCAACAUAUUCUCAAAAGAAUAUGUUUUAGUUCCCAUUGUUAUAUGGUCUCACUGGUAUCUCGUUAUCUUUUGUCACUUGGGCGAAACUUUAGAGUCAAAAACUAGAACUCCAUGCAUUUUAUUGCUGAAUUCACUGCGUGAAUUGGGAUGGGGGCUUGAACCUCUAAUAAGAAGGCUUGUCGUAGACAUAUAUGAAACAGAGGAGAGGCCGGUGGACAAAAAUCUAAUGAAAAAAAUUCCUCUUUUGGUUCCUAAGGUUCCACAGCAGACAAAUGGUGUGGAAUGUGGCAUUUUCGUUCUGCAAUAUGCAAGCCUAUUCUUAAAGAAUGCACCUGAAAAUUUUAGCACUUCUGCUGGCUACCCUUACUUCAUGAAAGAAGACUGGUUCGGUAGGGAAGAAUUAGAGGACUUAUAUAAAAGACUGGAGACAGUUGAGGCCGAAUUUAUCAAUGCUGAUGAAUGA